AUUGUAGACAAUUUUCAAUCGACCGCAAGCGUGUGUGAGCGUGCAGAGCCAUUUUGUAUUGUUUGUCAGUGUUUGUAAGGCAAGAGACACUUCUUGUGCUCGUUUCGCUCGGUUUACACAACAAUUACGCGAUCGAUGAUGUAAAUCGUGUGGCAAGAGUGAAAACAAUCAAAUAAUUUGUGCAAUUUAACCACCUAGAGAUGGCUGCGGAAGACGAGACGAUGGAGUUUGACGAGAGCAGCGCGUUAGAACCGGCGGCUGCGGUGGUGGUCCCGGCGGUGGCUGGCGACGAAUUUGCCGAAGAUGCGUCGGCUCUACUGCCUGUUGGUGGCGUUAUUUCAUCUGGAAGCGGCUUUGAGAAUGAUAUUGAUAUGGAUGAAGAAUUCCGUGGUCGUGGACGAGGUUUUAGAAAUUGGAGUGGCCCUGGUUCUGGACCGGCGUCUGGACAGCAGGUGCCUCGUGGAGAUAGCCCACGGUUUAGAGGUCGAGGUUAUGGGCCUGGUGGACCGCCAAGUUUCCGAGGACGAGGCGGGCCGCCACCAAUGUUUGGACGUGGUGGUCCAAGAAAUGGCAAUUUUAAUGGACCGCCUAGUUUCAACGGUCCCAAUGGUCCAAAUUGGGGUCCACCUGGGCAAAUGAAUGCACCACCUAAUAUGAUGGGUGGGCCUGGACCUAAUUUUGCACCUCCAGGAUUAUUGGGUGGUCCUCCUAAUAUGACUGGUGGGCCUCCUCCUCUUAUGGGCAGUAAUCAAUUUCCUCCAGGUGCACAGCAACCACCUCCAAUUGAUGUCAAUGCUGAAAUUUGGGUGGAGACAAAAUCACCUGAUGGAAAGCCUUAUUAUUAUAAUGCCAGAACAAGGGAAACAACAUGGACAAAACCUGAAGGUCCCAGUGUUAAGGUAAUACUGCAAGAUCAAGUUGAGGCAAUGGCCCAGGCUGCAACCGGUACUCAAAUGGCGCCAGGUACAACUACAGCUGCGCAGGCAGCGCUUGCUCAAGCAAACAUUACCAAUAAACCAGAAGGUGAUGAUGAACCAGACAAACAACCGAAUGGAAUGCAGGGCAUGAUGCAGGGUCCUCCACCCGGCAUGGCACGUUUCCCAGUUCCAGGACAAUUUGGUGGUCCGCCGUUUGGCAUGCCACCUCCAGGAUUCCAGGGAAAUUGGGCUGCAGGUGCUGCUCCAUGGGGCGCUGCACCACCGGGUCCGGCGCCAUGGGGAAUUGCCCCAGGUUUAAUGCCAGGUAUGUCUCCUCUUGCCGCCAUCGACGAAGCGGCUAUUAUGUCGAAGGUAGAUCCGGAGAUUCUCGCCAAAGGAACGGAAUGGACUGAGCACAAGGCGCCUGAUGGUCGUGUCUAUUACUACAAUGCCAAAAAGGGUGAAUCUGUUUGGGAGAAGCCACAAGAGAUGAAAGAUUUGGAGACUGCCAAGCUGGCCGCUGCUCAGGGUAUUUCGACACGGCCGAUUGAAGGUCUUGGUGAGGACGGCGCAGGUAAGCAGGAACAGGUAAAUGGCGAACUUGCUUCCGCACAGGAUGCCCAGAAGGAUGACGAGCCUGCUGCCAAGGAGGUUGAGGAGGGAAGCAAGAAGGCUGACGAGGAAAAGGCGAAGGAGACUAAGGUGCAGGACAAGUCACGACCAGUAUCUAGUACUCCUGUUCCUGGCACACCAUGGUGUGUUGUUUGGACCGGCGAUGGCCGAGUAUUCUUUUACAACCCGUCGUCAAGAACGUCGGUUUGGGAGCGACCUGAUGAUCUAUUGAAUCGUUCGGAUGUCGACAAAAUGGUCGCCAAUCCACCGGACGCGAUUUCACCUGCCCCAUCAAAGGAAAAGGAAACGCCAAAAGCCGGGUCGACGAAACGCGGAGGCAGCGACGAGAGCGAUUCGGAGGAAGAGGAGAUUCCAACUAAAAAAUCAAAAACAGAUGAAACUGGUACAAAUGGAACAACGUCAAGCGCGACACCGCCCACGGCCAAGAAAAUUGAUAUAGGUAAAGAGGCGGCAAUGGAGGCGGAAGUGCGCGCCGCUAAAGAACGCGCCGUAAUUCCGCUAGACACACGCAUCAAAUCGUUCAAAGAAAUGUUGGCCGAAAAAGAAGUUUCUGCUUUCAGCACGUGGGAGAAGGAGCUGCAUAAAAUCGUGUUCGACCAUCGUUAUCUGCUGUUGACGUCGAAAGAGCGUAAGCAGGUAUUCGAAAAGUACGUUAAAGAACGUGCCGAGGAUGAGCGCCGCGAAAAGCGCAAUAAGUUACGCGAACGCAAGGACGCAUUCAAGAAGUUACUGAGCGAGACUCAUCUACAUGGCAAAUCGUCAUUUAGCGACUUUGCGCAGAAAUACGCGAAGGACGAACGCUUCAAGGGUGUUGAAAAGAUGCGCGAGCGAGAAAGUUUGUUUAACGAAUAUCUCAUCGACGUGCGGAGACGUGAGAAAGAAGAAAAAUCGCAGCGGCGUGAAACGAUAAAGAAAGACUUCUUCGCGAUGCUGCGCGAGAACACUGACCUCGACAGACAUGCACGCUGGUCGGAAGUGAAGAAAAAGUUUGAUAGCGAUGCGCGUUACAAGGCUGUUGAUUCCAGCGGACAGCGCGAGGACUGGUGGCGUGAGUAUUGUAAAAUCCUCAAGGAGGAAAAGAAGCGCGCCAAGGAAAAGGACCGUGAACACAAGAAAGACAAGGAGAAGCACAAAAAGAAGGAUAAGGAUCGCGAUGAAAAGCGCGAACGCAGGAAGAGCGACAAUCACAAGGACGAAGCAUUGGUUGAUGUUGAUAUGGAAAGCAACAAGACUUCAGAAAAGCCUGACGAGUCCGAUGAUAAAAGCAACACUGAUAAAGAUAAAGACAAGGUGAAAGGCAAAGAUUCUAAAGAGGAAGGUGACGGUGAAGGCGACGUUGAUGGUGAUGGUGACGGUGAAGGUAAUACUUCGGAAGUCGAUGAAGAGAACGAAGCUGCGAAGGAAAAGGAAAAAGAAAAGGAACGGCAGGCGCGCGCAGAAGUAAGCAUGAGGGAACGAGAGAAAGAAGUCCAACGGACGUUGGCGACACACAUGCGUGAUAGAGAUAAAGAACGCGAGCAGCAUAAGCGCGAUGAAGCGAUUCAGCAUUUCAACGCAUUACUUGCGGAUUUAGUGAGAAGCGCCGAACUUGGCUGGCGGGAGGUCAAGCGCAUACUGCGCAAAGACCAGCGAUGGGAUCUGGCGGACACAUUAUCGCGCGAUGAAAAGGAAAAACUGUUUAGUGAUCAUAUUGAAACCAUUGUGCGGAAGAAACGAGAGAAGUUUAGGGAAUUAUUGGAUGAGACGCAGGAGGUCUCACUGACAAGUACCUGGAAGGAAAUAAAGAAAGUAAUCAAGGAAGAUCCAAGAUAUACGAAGUUUGCUUCCAGUGAAAGGUGUGAACGAGAGUUCAAGGACUACUUGAAAGAUAAAUUAAUUACUGCCAAAGGACAAUUUAAAGAAUUAUUGCAAGAAACAAAAUUAAUCACACACAAAUCCCUCUCGACACUUCGUGAAAAUCAAGCCCACAUGUCGGAGAUUGAAGAAAUUCUAAAGAAUGACAAGCGUUACCUGGUGUUGGACUUUAUUCCGCAGGAGCGCACCCAGCUGAUUCUCAACUAUUUGGAAGAGUUGGACCGGCGUGGACCUCCGCCACCUCCAACUGCAAGCGAACCUAGUCGACGGUCCAUGAAGUAAACUAGUACUACUAGACUAAUUGAUAUAAUUUAAAUUAAUUCUUAGGCUUCACUUCCAACUGUUAUUAUCGUGUGCUCAUGCUGAGCAGCUAUUGAUUGUAAUUAUUUUUUAAAUUUAUUGAUUGAAUGACUAUAUUAUGACUUUCACAUUUUUAUUUGUAAAAAUAACAAUAUAACGAAGAACAACAA